GAGAAAGAGAUGGCCGUAAACGACAAGCUAAAGACAUUUGAUCUUGUUCAAGCUGUCCGUAGCGGUAAACUGCCUACAAAUAACCAAAUGACAUCUUUCUUUCAAAGUAUGAUUGAUAAUCCGUCGAUCGAGACUCGCAAGCAUUUGAUGUCUGAAGAUGGCCAAUCCCUUCUCAAGGAUAUGCGAAAGCUAUUAGUAACCCUUCAAAAGACCUUGGCGCACAAGAACAGCGAUGAGUUGUUCCAGUCGCUUGUCUACCACAUGUCACAGCUUGAAUCACCUAUUGGAAAAGGUUUCGUAGGAUUGCCUUCAGGAGCAAACCAGCACACUUUAAGAAGUGACGCAGAAAGUGGCGCUAGAUCAAUGUUCACUAUCGGUAAAAUUAUUCUCUUGAACGAAGAGUUUAGAAAUAUUAUGCAAGAGAUGAUGUCCAUUGCUCGAGAAAUGUUUGGCGAUGCAUCUGGAAAGGUGUCAGAUCUAUCCAGUAAGGCAGGAGAGCAGGUUGAGAAUGCCGGAAACCAAGCUCAGAAUAUGGGCGAGCAAGCCAAAUCCAUGAGCCAGAAAAUCAAUCAAAAGACCCAAGAAUUUACCGACCAGACUCGAGAGAUGGCUGAUCCCGGCAAGCAAGAUCAAGUUAUCAACAAUCUAUCUAACAAGGCUGCUCAUAUUAAUGGUGGUGGCGGUCAACAAAUGAAGGAUCAAGUCCGCAACCAAAGCCAGGACAUUAAAUCCAAGAUUAAAAAUCAAAACCAACAGAUGAAAUCUCAAGUGCAGCAGGGUGCCCAGCAGCAGACCAAGGACGCAAAAGCAUAUGUCCACAACAAAUUUCCACCCGAGAAGCAAACAGAGCUCAUCAAUCGUCUCAAGACAGUCAUGCAUCAAGUCCAAAGGGAGCCUGACUACCAAAAGGCCAUUGACUUUAUUCUCUAUCUCUUUAGCACAUGGGGCAAAAAUGUUGUAGAAGCCGGCAAGAGUGCCGGAAACGUUGCUUCAAAUGCCACCGGAAAUAUGGAGUCAAAUGGCAAUUGGUCUCACGCUGCUCUGGAAAUUAAGGCGAUCUUUGAAGACUGGGCCCAAGGUCAAUCUCUCGAUCCCUUGCUCGAAAGCAUCCAGAAGGUUUUCUAUGAUAUCAAGAACGACUCAAAGCUCCAUGGAUACUAUGAGGAUGUAACCGGUUAUCUCAAACGCCUACUUAAAGAUCCUGGGUAUGUCGAUUCAGAACAGUCUACUAAAGACGGAGAGAAGCUGCUUCGUACUGGCCAAAAGGUUACCAAGGGCCGGUAUCAACACCUGUUUUACGAUAUGUUGGAUGAAUCCAAAGAAAUCUCUCGAGCAAUGGCUGAAGAUCCCGUAGCUCUCGAGAUCAAUAAGCGUCUCCGAAAUAUUCACAAGGAUUUGUGGCUGGACAGUGAGGGGAACCCUGCAUUCAAACCUCAACUAUUGACCGACAUGCGCAAGACUUUGUUACCAGCUAUUUUGGAACAGAUUAAAUACGUUCCUAUUCCUCGCAUUGAGUACAGUGACCCUCAGUUUGACGUUGUUGUUGAGAAUGUGGUGCUCUCUGGAGACACAAUGCUUCCAAAUAUCUUUGACAUCAAGAUGGAAAACUUCUCCCGAUUUAGCCCAAAGACAAAUGUGAGCAAUGUAGACCGACAAUCUAUCUUUAUUGAUAUGAAAGAGAUUCAAGCCGUAGUAGAGGAUGUUGUCUUUUACUAUAAAAAGAAGACUGGAUUCCCAAAAAUAUCUGAUCGAGGUGUAGCAUCGCUUAUUAUGGGCGGAAAGGGCAUUAGUGCUGCUGUCAGAGUUACUAGCAAUUCUUUGAACCCUAGAAACACAUUCCAGGUUACAUACUGCAAGUGCAAUGUUGAUGAUCUUAAACUCAACAUUAAGGAUAGCCGCCACGGUCUUUUGUACAAGACUGUUCAUCCUAUGGUUAUCGGUAUCGUACGCCGCCAAAUCGCAAAAGCUCUUGAAGCAAAGAUUAUCGACUUUGUCGAAAAGGGCGAC